AGCCUCGAGCCUAUAAUGUGACGGGAGAGAGAGGGUGUGUUGCAACAAGAUCAUCUUGACUGUCACUUUACAUUAUUGAGCUGUGGAGUUUGCAUGGAUGACACCGGUUUGUUACUUUGUAAUGUUUAAAUACCUGUAGGUUAUAGGGUCCGUAGGCUACCGAGUUUGACCGUUUCUCCUGUGUGCCAAUGACCGAUUGCCAAAUGGUGUCUUCAGAUUUCACUGCAGAUGAGAGGUUGGAGAUUGAGAGCAUGAAGAUGCAUAAGAGAGACCUGCUAGAGGACAUCCAUAAGCUAAAGAUGGAGAUUGACAAAGUCAUGGCUGAAGUUCAAGACUUUGAGUCUACAGAGGAGAACAAAGUCCUUGAGAAAGGAAAGCAGUUCUCAAGCGGGAAGAAGAAAUUCAACAUGGACCCUAAAAAGGGUAUAAACUACCUGGUAGAGAACAAGCUUCUGGAGAGGAACCCUCAGCCAAUAGCAGAGUUCCUUUACAAGGAGGAGGGGCUCAAUAAGACUGCUAUUGGAGACUACCUGGGAGAGAGAGAAGACCUCCACCUCCAGACGCUGAAAGCCUUUGUGGACCUCCAUGAGUUCUCAGACCUCAACCUGGUACAGGCACUGAGGCAGUUCCUGUGGAGUUUCCGUCUGCCCGGCGAAGCUCAGAAGAUUGACCGCAUGAUGGAAACCUUCGCCACACGCUACUGUGACUGUAACGCGGAAGUCUUUCAGUCUACAGACACCUGUUACAUCCUGUCGUUUGCCAUCAUCAUGUUGAACACCAGCCUCCACAACCCCAACGUGAAGGACAAGACCCCUCUAGAGAGAUUCAUCUCUAUGAACAGAGGCAUCAACAACGGAGGGGACCUGCCCAAUGAGCUGCUCACGAAACUGUACGACAGCAUCAGGAACGAGCCCUUUAAAAUCCCAGAGGAUGAUGGGAACGACCUGACCCACACCUUCUUCAACCCCGACAGGGAGGGAUGGCUCCUCAAACUAGGAGGCAGAGUGAAGACGUGGAAGAGGAGAUGGUUCAUCCUGACUGACAACUGCCUCUACUACUUUGAGUACACCACUGACAAGGAGCCCAGAGGCAUCAUCCCUCUGGAGAACCUGUGUGUGAGAGAGGUGGUGUAUGCACGCAAACCGUACUGUCUGGAGCUGUAUAACCCCAACAGCAGGGGUCAGAAGAUCAAGGCGUGUAAGACAGAGACAGACGGCAGAGUGGUGGAGGGGAAACACCAGUCGUACAUGAUCUGUGCCGCUACUGCUGAGGAACGAGACACAUGGAUAGAGAGCAUCAGAGCCAGCAUCACCAAGGACCCCUUCUAUGACCUGGUGUCGGUGCGUAAGAAGAAGGUGAUCAACCAGGCUCCCCAAGACUGAGACAGGACAGCACCCCCUGUGGAUCAAUCACAGUACUGCAUCACAGAGGGAGGGUGGAACCCCUGCAGCAAAUAGUACAAUCAAUAGACUUAGGUUCAGGUUCAGUUGAACUGACUAAGCAUUGGGAACCUGGACACUUUCAACAGUGAGAAUGAGGACCUUCUACCUUAAAAAGGAAUUAGAAAUGAACUUUUGUCAUAAUGAGAAUUGAGGGAUAAUUAGUUUUGUUGCAAGAAGAGUUCCUGAGAAGACUGCUGGGGACUGAUUUGGACUUUAAUCUGGAUGGAACAGGUGGAACUGUGUACUGUCUGGAAGAGGAACUUCUCCUUUUCAACCCCCACCGUGCCAAAGGACUUCCUUCUUACCCUGUGAGAUGAAAUACUGUCAUUGUCAACAGCUGUCAACGUGACCUGUACAUACUGUGUGUUGAGGUGGUGACAGAAGCGAAGCCAAGAGAGCGGUUUCUCAUGUACAUACUGCAGAUAGAUACGACCUCAAGCAUGGCUGAUUCCACCUACUGUCCUUGUAUGACUCUUUGAUUGUGUCCCAAAUGGUGCCCUAUUCUCUAUACAGUGCACUACUUUCCACCAGAGCCUUAUGGACCCUGGUCAAAAGUGGUGCACUAAAUAGGGAACAGGGUGCCAUUUAAGAUGCUGUUAUAAGACCUCUGUGUCUGGUUUAUCAUACCUGUUCUAUGUACUGGAUGUACAUCAUGCUAAUAGAUACCACCUCGAUCGUUGCUGGCUUCGCCAACUGUACUGGGGCGGCAGUAUUGGGCCAGUAGCCACGAGGCCGCUGGUUCGAAUCCCCGAGCCUCCUAAGUGAAAAACUGUUGAUGUGCCCUUGAGCAAGGCGCAUGACCCAUAAUGCUCCUGUAGAUUGCUCUGGAUAAGGGUCUCUGUUAAAUGACUGAAAUGUAUUUGUCUCUGUAUGCUAAUACUGUGGAGAGGAUCUCUGA